UUUCGUGAGUUCUUCUUUAUAUUUCUUUGAUAAUAAUUCUCGGGUUGCAGGGUCAGGAUGGCCAACGUUGGAAUGAAUGCUGCGGUGAUUCUCUUGUUUCUACCUUUAGUGUUUUCUAACGUGGCCGACGCCGCUAGUUUACGAAUCAACGGUGGCAUUCCUACUGUUUUUGACGUUUUAAAAUUCGGUGCUGUGCCUAAUGGUCGUGACGAUUGUUCCGAGGCUUUUGUGCAAGCAUGGAAUGCCGCAUGCCACCAUCCAGGAGGCAACGCUAAACUUGUUGUCCCACCAGGAAACUAUAAACUUCUCCCGGCUGUAUUCCAGGGGCCAUGCACUAGCGAACAGAUUGUUGUUGAGGUGCAAGGAAUUGUUACAGGAUCAGAUCAGGUAAGUGAUUACGAAGAAAGUCAAUGGGUCCUGUUCGAAAACAUAAAUGGUUUGCUUGUUACCGGUGGAGGAACUUUUGAUGGUAGCGGUAGAAAAACAUGGAAAUAUAACGACUGUGCCUCGAAUCCCGAUUGCCAGCCUCUCGCUGCUGGUUUGAAAUUCAUGAAUGUAACCAAGGGCAUUGUUAAACAAGUCACUUCUCUCAACCCACAAGGAUAUCAUAUGGCACUCGAAAGAUGCGAUGAUAUUGAGAUAGACGGCAUGCACCUUAAUGCCCCAAAGACUAGCCCUAACACUGAUGGUAUCCAUAUCAGUGCAUCAAACAACGUCAGGGUUUCCGAAAGCACUAUUGCAACUGGUGGCAAUUGCAUCUCUGUUGACCAGGGUUCCACGAAUGUGCCUGUCCCCAAAGUGACCUGUGGCCCAAAGGUUCUCACUACAUUUACCCAGAUGUAAUCAUGAAGGAUGUCAAGACCCCAAUCAUCAUUGGAUUUGUGUGUUUUAUCUUUGUAGACUUAACAGCCUUGAAAAGUGGAGCGAUGUUCACUUCGUAAACGUUCAUGGAACCUCAGUUUCAAAUUACAUUGAUUUAUGUGUUUAAUUUUUGUUCCAUGGAACGUCAGUUUCAAAUGUUGCUGUAAAUAUCAGUGAUUUCUCGACCUGUGACCAUUUCUCUCAUUAGUGGCAAUCUUGUGAACUUCAUUCUGAUCUUGUACUACAGAAAAUUCACUCAAAUCAUCAAACCAAAAUUUUACUCUCCAAA